AUGGCUGCAGCUAAGUCUAGUAUCAAAACUGCAACAUCAUUCUUCCUGGUUCUUUAUUCAACCAUGAUCCUAGUUUUUGCUUUGCCAUGCUUUUCUUCUGAUCCCGACCCUCUACAAGACUUUUGUGUCGCUGACUUGAGCUCCACCUCCACUAUUGUGAAUGGGUACCCUUGCAAGCCAGUGUCUAAAGUUACAUCAGAAGAUUUCUUCUAUAGUGGCUUGAAGGAUGAUGCAAGCACAUUGAAUUCCUUACGGUUAGGACUGAGUCUAGCUGAUGUUAAGACCUUCCCUGGGUUAAACACCCUUGGACUUUCGAUAAUUCGAAUUGACUUGGGAUUUGGUGGAAUAGUUCCGCUUCAUGUACACCCUCGAGCAAGUGAAGCUACUUUUGUCAUCAAAGGGGAAGUCCUUAUCGGGUUCAUAAGCACUGAUAAUACUUUGUACUCAAAGGUUGUGAAAGAAGGAGAGAUGGCGAUCAUUCCUCGAGGACUUGUGCACUUCACAAAGAACGUUGGACUGAGGGCUGUCUUGUUAUCUGCUUUCAAUAGUCACCUUCCCGGAACUGCACUAAUUCCUGAUAACGUCUUUGGUUCUAAGCCAACAAUUCCUAAUGAUAUUUUAGCAAAGAACUUCCGAGUUGAUGAGAGUGUCAUCGCUAAAAUAAAGUCUGAGUUUGGUGAUGACCACUAA